AUGACUCAGUAUCAUAAUGUUAAGACAAGUCUUCAGAUACCUUCUUCUAUAGCGGCCACACCACUGCUUGACAUGAAAUCAACGUCCCAAGUGCCUCCGGUGACGGCCACACAUACCGUGCCUCCUCCCUUGACUAUUGAUUGUUUAGAAGAGAUUCUGAAUCAUCUUUUGGACAGUCGGGAAUCUCUUCACUCAUGUAUCUUGGUUAAUCGAAUUUGGAGUCAGCUAGCUAUGCCGUUGUUGUGGUACAAUCCAUUUGGCAGUAGGCUACGAGGACAACAGGCGAUAAAUAUUUUCGAUUCCUACAUUUCCUGUUUGCCUGAGGAGCUAAAGGACCAAAUGCUCACACGAGGUGUUUACUUCUCGGACCUAUCGAAACCUCUGUUUGAUUAUCCAAAGUAUCUACGCGGAUUCGAUUGGUUUAAUUUUCAAAUGGCGGUGAGGGAAUGGGUGGAAACUUUUUAUUACCAUCGAGGAUAUGACUUUAGUAAUAAGAUCAUAUUUCUUGAAAAAUUCAUGGCUUCCUUUCUUCUGGGACGGUGUAACGGGUUGAGAAUUCUGAGAUUAGAGAGUAAUUCAUCGACGAGCGUUAGCAUGCUCGAUUUGUUGAACACUUUCAAUUUUCGGUUCCUUUUUUCCAAAAUAGAAAAAUUUGAAGUUCAAUAUAACACCUUCAGCAAUGAUUGGGGCCCGAAAGCGGAGAGCAUCUCGCUUUUUUCGACUAAAUUAGCUGCGUGCUCCCGGAACAUUCAACACAUCAAGCUAUCCAUAGAAACCUGUCGACCAAAUUACCUUCCAUUAUAUAUUUGCGAGGCGUUUUGGUAUUUAAUCGAGAAACAAAAGAAUCUCAAAAUUCUUGACAUCAGUGAAUUUUGGAAUCCCGAGAAAUCCGAUUUAUUUUACUCGUCCCUCAUAAAACAAUCUCAUUCCUUAACUUUCCUUAGUUUAAGGCACAUUUCAAAAUUAACUCUUUUGCUCCAAUUUCUAACGAGCUGCAAGAACUUGGAAACCUUGGAAUUAUGGACAAUUCCUGUUGCUGACAUGGAGGCACUCAUGUGCUUAUCGAGUUCGUCAACACAUCUAUCCAUAAAAAAACUUAGAUGCUAUGACGUAGACAGAGAUCCGGAGCUCACUUUGGGUAUAAUCAUCUUGAUGACGAAUUGGAACCUGAAGGAGUUACAUCUCUUAAAAGUAACACCCAAACUUUUGGAGGUGAUCAGUCAAUACUGCCCAAAUCUCACUUGUCUACACUUGAACCUCAACAAGUCUCUUCUGAUGAAGCUCCUGAAAUAUAUCUCGACAUUGUCACUCGAUACCCUGGGACUAAUCAAUCAAGAUAAAACGCCAUUCUCGAUUGAAUCACUGCAAGAGAUAGCACGAGCGAUACCUCCCACCACAAGAAACUUGGAAAUCAACUUUUUUAUGACCUCGCAAGGAUUACAAUAUUUCCUCUGGAAAUUUCGCGGAACAUUGAGGAAGUUGGUGAUAAGUAAUGACAAUCUGAACGAUCAGUAUCUGGCGGUGAUCACGUAUUAUGCUAAAAGCAAGAAUCUACAGGAGUUCUGGUUUCCACGUCCUGAAAUGUUCUCAUCGGAGGCUCUGGAGAACGCGAAGUUUUUCAUCCCGAUUGUUCAGAGCAUGAAACCGCGGACGUGGGAAUAA